UUUUAAAUAAUUUUAUGUCAUCGUUGAUCGUUCCAUUUUAUAGUAGGCACCUAACUAUAACUUAAGGCACAUUUUUCUUUAUAGGUAGGUCUUGAUCAUAUUUAAACGGUCUUGAUGUUUGUUGAAAAUAGCUACUCGUUCAAUCGAUCUUUUUGUAGGUAGCUACCUACCUAUUGCGGUAGGUACCUAUUAUCAAAAGAUCUAAUGCCUAUCUAGGGCCGCAACGUCAUUCAGAUUUUAACACCAUAAAAAAAAUAUUUAAUGAAAGACAUUAAUGAAAUGCCAUUUUCUCGUGCCUUUUUUACCAAUUCCCUAGGCAUGCACUAAACUUCUUUGCUAGGUACUAGGUAGGCAUCCAGCUACGUAGCGUUAUAUGAGUUGGCCAAAACUGCGCGCGAACUAUUGAUCUGCAAUUUGAAUGUACAAUUACACUUACAACAUAGUUAAUUAUUAAUGUACCAAAUCAUACAAUAAUAACGAAGUUUAUCGACUAUUAAAGCAGGUAUUCUUCUGUUUUCACAACUGCGGAAAAUUGGUCUGAAUAUGCACCAUAACGAAAAGCUCUUCAGCAUCAAAUGCGCAAGUCCGAGUAACUUCAUUCAAUCCACGCCUCAAGUCAUCUUUACUCGUUUUAGCACUGUGCUUUUAUGAAAGCUCACAUUUUAAUGUACAAAAGAUUUAAUCUAUUGUUAUCUAUGUACAAAUAUAUUUUCCGCACGGUUAACCAGUUUUUCACAUUUUCUUAUUGCGAGGUGUAGCAAAUUUUCAGUGGCGAUGAAUUCAAUAAAAACAAUGUGCAUCGGAUGAAGGGGGUUGUUGUUUAAUUAUGAUAUUAAUGAUUAAAAGUGAGUGAGACAGAAAAUGGGAAAUGACGCACAAGUAGAGAUACCAACGCACACGAAUGAGCAAGACAUAGUUCGCACAAAGGAAUCGUGUAUUGUGAACAGGACUAUCAAAACUUUAAAUUACAAGGGACUGCUAUGGUCAUGUUCUCUAAGAAGGAUAUGUUUAAGUGCCCUAUGGCUUCCACUAGGUGCUUUAGUAUUUUGUUAUGUGACAGCAUCUAUAUUCCAGGCAGAUGAUAUCCAUGAAACACACUGUAGGGUUUAUAAUGUAGUUCCGUCAAUAAGUGCAAUUACGGGGAUCAGCCCACAAAGAUAUGUUUGGAGAAUAUGCAUUGCUUACCACCUAGGACCAAGACUGUUAAUAGGUUCUUUAUAUUACAACUACCAUAGAGAGCGCACUUCUUAUAUCUUCGAAGAUAAGGUACGUAAUUUAGCUAUAAAAUUAGGAGAAGCUUGUUACUGGUUGAACUUGAUAGAGUUACUUGCACUAACAGGAGUUACUUAUGUUUCGAAUAGAGAAAAUUAUUUCGUGCACGAGAAGAUAUUCAUUAUAUUCAUGGUGGCAUCGCUUCUUCAUAUGCUGUGCCGCGCGCGUGUUGGCUGCCUUGCCAGUGAUGUGGUAGAGCCAGUGAGGACAAAUAAAUUUGUAUGGAUAUUGUUCUUCGUGGCCAUCGUCGCUACUAUUGGCCUUAUUGUCUUCUUUCUAAGACAUAGACUGCUUUGUAGACCACUUGCAUUUACGUGGUUCUCAAUUUGCGAGUACAUCCUCGCGACUGCAAACAUGGCAUUCCAUGCGCUCAUUGUCCAGGACCUCCCUGUACACGAGCUGCAAGUCGUUUGCCCUACAAGCAAGACCAACUAAUUAAUAUUAUUAUUGAUUAAGGCAAUGGUGUUAUGUUUCUUUAGUAGCUCUAAGACAUCGCAAAAAUCA